UCCCGCGCCGCGAGGGCCACGCCGGGGCACAGCCGCGCGGGCGGGCGGAGGCGCGCGCCGGCUGCAGGAGCCCCGGGUUGCAGCCGCCCGCCGAGCACGUGCAGUUGCUGCCGUGCGCCGAGCUCCCGCCUCGCGGACGCUUUGUUGCCUCCGGGCCGUGACACCAUGCACACGCCGGGCGACGCGGACCCGGGUGACGCGCGCAAGGUUGACAUCAUGGACAUAUGUGAGUCAAUCCUGGAGAGGAAAUGGCAUGACAGCGAAAGGUCUACCAGCAGCGUCUUGGAACAGAAUGACAUUGAAGCUGUUGAGGCUCUUGUUUGCAUGAGCUCCUGGGGUCAAAGAUCUCAGAAAGGUGACCUCUUAAAGAUAAGACCCCUCACACCUGUCUCUGAUUCUGGGGAUGUCACCACGACUGUGCAUGUGGAUGCAGCUGCACCUGAGCUACCAAAGGAUUUCCAUUCUUUAUCAACUCUGUGCAUGACUCCUCCUCAGAGCCCUGAUCUCAUGGAGCCAUCAGCAGGGACACUUGGUCCUUCCAAGGUAACUGAUUCCAAAACACACACGGUCGUGGCCAUCCCUCCAGCCUCCGCUGGGGCAGCCAAAGUACUGAGCCGGAGGGCAGAGAGGAGCCCGCCUUGUUUGGAGCCAGCCCCUGGCACCCGCUGCAGGGCCACGGUAAUGAGUGUCAUCCGCCACACUGGGGGGAGUCCUGCCCACAUGCCUACUGCCCAGACUCAAGAAUACCAACUUUCAGUCAACAGAGGAGGAGCAGCACAGUUCCUGGGACAUAUUGAAGCUUUGCUGGACACACAACUCACAGACGGUUUACUCAGCACUAACUCAGUGUCCUGUCAGUCUUGCUCAAACAAGACUGGUGGUCUGAUCUCGACUGACAAAGGCCAGCAGACAGGGUGGCCUGUUGCAAUUCAAACCUGUUCACCAAAGAAUUAUGAAAAUGACUUGCCAAGGAAAGCUGCUCCUCUGAUUUCUGUCCCCAUGCCCAGUCCCCCUGUCCUUGGCCAAAUGAUCCCAGUGACUGGACAAAGUGGCAUGUUACCAGCUUUUUUGAAACCCCUGCCCCAAAUGUCUGUGGGGACUGUCAAACCCAUCCUACCCCAUGCUGCUCCAGUGCCCCAGCCUUUGUUUGUGGGACCGUCUGUGCCUCAGGGAACCGUGAUGCUGGUUCUGCCCCAGGGACCCGUCCCUCAGCCUGCCACCUGCCCAUUGAGUGUGAUGGCUGUGGGCAGUACGAGGGUGCUGCCCUUGGCCCCUGCUCCAGUGUUCAUCACCUCCAGUCAGAGCUGUGCCCCUCAGGUAGACUUUUCCCGACGGAGGAACUAUGUUUGCACCUUCCCAGGCUGCCAGAAAACCUACUUCAAAAGUUCCCACCUCAAGGCUCAUCUUCGCACUCACACAGGAGAGAAGCCUUUCAUCUGUAGCUGGGAUGGCUGUGAUAAAAAAUUUGCGCGUUCUGAUGAACUCUCCCGCCAUCGGAGAACUCACACCGGGGAGAAGAAGUUCGUGUGCCCGGGGUGUGAGAGGCGCUUCAUGCGCAGCGACCACCUGACGAAGCACACCCGGCGCCACAUGACUGCCAGGAAGAUUCCUGGCUGGCAGGCAGAGGUUGGCAAACUGAACAGAAUUGCCUCAGCAGAGAAACCUGGGAGCCCACUAGUGAGUAUGCCAGCCUCUGCCUGAAAGGUCAGCCAAGGAUUUGCUGGUGGGAAUUUUAAAAGCCUUUUUUCGGGAAUGGAACUGAUGGUUAUCUGUCCAGAAGAAAUUGUCUUGGGGGUUAGGGAGAAGUGGGGAGCUGGUUCUGAUAAAAGUAUGUUAACUUUUCUUUUUGGUUGGGACCCUGUUCAAUAUCUUUUAUAGUUUCAGAAGUUUUUUUAAGGAAAUGGAAGAAAAUUUGAUCAUCUAAAUCACCAGCAUUCAAAGAAACAUUUUGGCAAUAAAGUUUACAAAAUCUGGAUUUUUACAACUUUUCUAUUCAUGUUUUGUAGAAAUGAGACAGGGUACUAAUUUUUAUACUGUUUUUUAUUAAGAAAUUUAUAUUGGUGGUGCCAAAAUCACCAAUUUCUAUGUAGAUGAUUUUACAAUCUUCUUUUUCAAUGUGUAACAACAUUUUUAUAAUAAUCUUACUUUUAGUAAACUUGUCCAAAAAAAAAAUCAUGAGUUUGUGAUCCAGCCUUUUAGAUCGAAGAAUUUUUUUAGAAUCAGUACUGAUUGAUAGGGACAUUAAAGAAACAGGGAAAAAAAGUUCAGCAGUUACUAGCAUUUUCAUAACAUUUCAAGGGAAAUGCCAGGCAACCGUUCCUUUAAGGCUGGAGUCCAAGAAAUUACUGUUCAGUACAGCUAGUCACCUGUCCGUAGCGUGACUUCUGAAGGAUGUACACUGAAGAAUAAAAUACUCAGUAGGUAAAUCAUGAGCAAGGAGCUGCUGUAGGAUAUGAGUGUCUGGAUCUCUUUGGGCCCUUGCUGUGCUGAGAGCAAACUAUUCAGUUUCUUGUUUGUCUCACCAAAAAAAGGAAAUGUAAACACUCAAACCCAGCUGCUUUGUCAAUUGUCAGUUGACGUCUUUUGCUGUGGCCUUAUGCAGAGUAUUUUGUGGGUAGAGUAACUUCUUAAAAAGGAAAUGUCCUUAGUGGUUGGAGGAACUUUCCACCAAAGUACAGCUUAUCUGAGGGGACGUGUAUGUGCAAAUGGUCCAGCUCCAAUGUUCUGAGUCUGCUGUUGUUACUAAGAACUAUAGGAAACGCAAGUUAUGCUAAAGGGCAGUUGUAACUACCCAGCUGCUCUUCCAUUAAUUUUGUUUGAAGGAAAUAGUUUAAACUAAACAAAAAAUUACUUGGAAUGGUGUGUUUUUCAGUCUGCCUAGAAAAUAGACCGUGGGUACCACUUUGAGGCUGCGUGAACGCAGAUCCGAGCUGCAGAGACCACGGCCCCAGUGUCCAAGAAGCCACUGAGAUGCUUUUGUUAGGCAGCUUUGGGAAUCCAGGCAACAGGAUUCAUGUGAGGAAUACACAAAUGUUGCACUGCUUUGUGAGCCUAGGAAUGGCUUUUCAUUGUGCUGUUUGUAUUUAGAUUUUGUCUUUGCUUAGUUACUGGCAUUUGUCUUUAUUAAAAUGAUGGUAGGGUGAAAUACUGAACAAAUAUAAUUAGGUUUUGAGCUGCUUAGUCUGCUGACCCUCACCUGGUCAUUCACUGUGUAUUAAUUGAUGCCCAUUACAUUGCCUUUUAGUAUGAACUGCUAAUUGACAUAUGUGUCUAAGUGCAGGCUGUAUGUAUAGGAGGCUUUCCUACUUUUGGGCACUUCCAUAAUUGAGUAUUCCUACUGGUCAUAAGACAUGAUACAGUUGCACGAGAACCAUAAUUAAAUUGUAUAUAGUUCAUAUUUCUCCACCACCUAAUCCUUUCUCCCGUUCACAUCUUAAAUCAGCAUAAACAUUUCUGACUAUGUGUAUGCCGUAAAUGGCAUUAAAUUUGGAUAUUUUUCUUAAUUAUGCAAAAUAUUGUUAGUCCUACUAAUGUUCUGGUGGAUAAUACAAGGUCUUUUGAGUAUUUAGUUGCUUGUCACGUUGAGCUUCGUUCUCUGAGCAGUGUUGUUUCUGAAGAAUAGAUGUGUUAAAAAUGGUUUUGAAUUUACACUUCCAUUUCCUGAUUAGUUCUAGAAAUACCUCCUCUAAAGGACCUUUUUUGGCCUUCUUUUUGUCAAUCAAAAGAUUAUAAAUUGGGAAACAGUUUCCAUCUGAGAAAUACUAUCCUAAGAGCCAGCACCCUGCGGUUUGUUGUUUGAGUGCGGAGGCUCUUUGCAGGUGCCUCUGGGCGCUGGAAGCAGAGCGUGUGCGGCAGGCCAGGCCCCCCAGUGCACUUUAUUGCCUGAGCAUUCUGCUUGAUCUUUUUUUACUUUGAGCCUUUUAAGUAGUUUCAAUAACAAAAUUUUAAAUGUUUUGGAAUUACGUUUUAUGUAACGGACUUUGACUUAUUAUUUAAAUGAAUAUGUGUGGUGUUUCUUUUUUCUCUGAACCAUAUAAAACUUUUUUGAUUUGCAAACUG